AUGGACGAGGGGAGCUUUCGGGCCAGGCUGUGCUACGCCUACAGGGAUUUCAGGGAUGAGUCGGCCGACAAUGCGCAUGGCUGGGUGCAGAAGCAGGCCUCCCAGCAAUUCCGCGGCAAGCGCGAGAAGUUCUGGUCCUUCACGCUCCAAAGGCCCUUUGGCAAUGAGGCCUGGGUGCUCCAGGUUCGUGUGGCGCAGCCAAAGGAUGUUGCGCAGGAGGUGCGCGACAAGAGGCUGGAAGAGAUUUCCGAGCUCUUGUUUCGCAUGGCCGCUGACACAGGGGCCAUCCGCCCGGAGAGCUCAGAAGCUGGGGAGGAGAACCUAAAGACACUUGGCAGGCUGCAGCGCCUGGAAAAGCGCUUCACUGGCAAGGGGGUGACCGAAAGCGAGGCACGGAAUGCCCUCCGACUAUUCGAGCGGGAGCUUUCCAAGGCCAACUGGACAGCGGAGAAGUUUGAGAAGCUGAAGAAGCAGCUGGCAGGAACAGAGGAGUGGUCUGCUGCUGAUAUGGUGGCAGAGAGCUCCAUACGCUGGCAGCAGCACAGGCGUCGCCAGGCCUGGUUCGCAGAUGCCUGUGAGCGGGUGGCAGUGCCACUCGGGAUCGAGGCGGGCUACACCAACAGCGGGGGCUGCUUCGUAGGUCCUCUCUCAUCCGUAGCUGGAGCGGCGCUGACCACCACGCUCCUCUGUCACCUGGCGCACCUGGAUCUGAAUUCUGCGACUGCGCGGAACAGAAGGCUUUCGGCUCCUCAGUUCUUGCAGGGCUUUGUCGACGGCGCCUUGAACAAAGACCGAUACCUCGUCUGGGAGCGGCUCUUCUCUAUCGAGGAUGGGGCAUCGGCGGCUCGCUUCUGUCAGGAGCAUCUGAACAGCGGCUUCUUCGACGACCUCGCCCCUGAAAGUGAGGGGCAGAGCGGCGAGGACCUCCAAGACAUGCUCCGGAGCUUCUUCAGCAGCAUCGCAGCCUCAGGCUCCUCACGGGCGAGGCCGAGGGCAGCACGCCUGGAUGAGGACCGUGCAGAAGAGGCGCCUUCCAGCCUCCCAUCUUCCUUCACGCCAUUCUCGGGCAAAGCGCAUCGUCUGGAUGCAGAUGACGAAGCGCAGGAGCCUGCGCCUGGUGACGAUACGCGGAAAUCCUGGGCCUUAACGUUCACAUCGAACCUCGAGCUGGCUAGAACCAGCCGUCGAAGGAGCCGGGAAGAAGCCAAAAGGACCUACCACUGGACCUUCAGUGGCCAAGCCGUGAAGGAGACAAAAACAGGCACGGAGAGUUACUCUCAAGGGAAGAGCGCUGGCGAGAAGCGCAAGGGGCAAAUUGAGAGUGCCGCAGGUGCCGGGAAGCAGUUCAGAAAAGCCCAACGUUUGGCGAUAACCAGAUGA